AUGGAUAACCGUGGCAAGGCCAUCUUUUCCUUUAUAUUUGAUGAUGAUUCAGAAGAUGAAGAACAUCAUCAGAGAGUGAUAGAAGCCAUUGUCCACCAUACUUCACUGGAGAAUGAAGCCACCAAACAUGGUGGGUCAGUAAUCGGUCGUAUGUACAAGAACCGUGAGAGGGAAGAUCGCCAUCGCAAUCUCAUGUUCGACUACUUCGUUGAAAGGCCACAUUUUAAUACUACCGACUUUCAUAGGCAGUUUCGAAUACGGAAAGAGUUUUACCACAUCUUCAAUGAUGUUGUCAACCACGAGCCAUACUUUCACCAAAAAAAAGAUGGGCUCGGCCGACAAGAGCUAUCCCUUGAGCAAAAGUUAACCAUUGUAUUUCGUAUACUCGCAUGGGGAUGCUCAGCUGACGCAACCGACGAGUAUUGUAGAUUGGGUGAAAGCACAUCUCUUGAGUCACUUCAUAAGUUUUGUUGCGUCGUUGAAGCCGUGUAUGGCCAAUGGUACCUCAUGUCUCAAAAUCCAGCUGACCUUUAUAAGAUAUUGCACAAGGCAAGCAGUCGAGGCUUCCCAGGCAUGUUAGGAAGUCUUGACUGCAUCCACUGGGAAUGGAAGAAUUGCCCAUCUUCUUGGGCAGGCUAG